AGUGUCCGUUUCCGGUUGCUGCGCUCCUCGUUUGAAAAGUAGUCGGUUAGACGCUCUGGGGCUCCGUGGCCAUUGUUAAAAGACUGCGUCUGCAAUGCUGCUAAAAGGGAAGUUUUGAGACUAACGCGGUUUGAACGAGGACCCUGCAAAUAAUUUCGGCGUUUUGUUUUGAGGAGUUCAAACAUGGCUCAGCGUGUGGCGGUGUCAGAUGGAGCAAACAAGAAGACCGCCAGGGUUCGGGUGGCGGUUCGUCUGCGACCCUACAUGGAUAACCAAGAUGAGAAAGUCGAGGGGCCAUGUGUGAGAGGCUUGGACUCACAGAACCUGGAGAUAAUCAACUGGAGAAAUGCUGCAGAAACCGUGAAAUACCAUUUUGAUGUUUUUCAUGGUGAGCAAACAACACAGCAAGGGGUUUUCCUCUCAUCAGUGAAGCCCAUUCUACCACACAUACUGAAUGGACAAAAUGCAAGUGUCUUUGCCUAUGGGCCAACAGGAGCUGGUAAGACUCACACCAUGAUGGGCAGUUCAGAUCAGCCAGGUGUGAUUCCCAGAGCUGUUCGUGAGGUCUUUAAGCUGGUCAAAGCCAAGAAUGAAGAUGAGGGAUGGGACUACAGCAUUGGCAUGUCCUAUUUGGAAAUUUACAAUGAGAAGGUGCUAGAUCUUCUGUCGCCGGGCUCCCAGGAUUUGCCAAUCAGAGAGGACAAGGACAAGAACAUCCUUAUACCUGGCCUCACUCACACCACCAUCUCCUCCUUCUCAGAUUUUGACAAACACUUUAUCCCUGCCAGCCUCAAUCGUACCACAGCUUCCACCAAACUAAACCAGCGAUCCAGCCGCAGCCAUGCUGUCCUCCUCCUCAAGAUUGUACGGACUCAGCGCAGCCCGCCCCACAGACAGCAGACAGGAAAGCUGUACUUGAUAGACUUGGCUGGGUCUGAGGACAACCGUCGCACUGGCAACCAGGGCAUCCGCCUGAAAGAGAGCGGCGCCAUCAACCUGUCACUCUUCACUCUGAGCAAGGUCGUGGACUCCCUUAACUCUGGCACUGCCAUCCGUGUGCCAUACAGAGACAGUAAACUGACAAGGCUGCUGCAGGACUCUCUGGGUGGCUCGGCACACUCCGUCAUGAUCACCAACAUUGCGCCAGAGUACAAAUACUAUUUUGACACAUUUAGUGCACUCAACUUUGCCUCCAAAUCCAAGCUCAUUGUGAACAAGCCCUUCACCUGUGAAACUGUGGCUGUGCUGCCAGUGAAGCGGGCUAGAGAAGACCGCGAGGCAGGGGGUUCUGGCACCGAGCCACAGAAAAAGAGGCAGAAAGAUGAGAGGAAGACUGAACAGGGUGGCUCCUCACCUUCUGCACACUUGCACAGUCCGUCAGAACCGUCAGUGAUGGACAGACUAUUAGCUCUGGAGAAGCUGAUGAUGAACUGCCAGGACAAAGAGAAACUGAGCAUGUUGAAAGAUGUGGCCCAGUCUCGCAAGGAGAUCCAGGAGCUCAAAGAGAAGCAGAGGGAGUUGGAGAGUAAGGCUAAGCUUUUCAGUUUGUUGCCUGGAGAAAAGCUCAGUGACAAACAUGAGCCUGCCUUCAAGAACAGUACAGCUCCUCUGCAGAGAAAACAGCUAAAUGCUAAAAAGCAGCAGGCUGUGGUCCAACCCAUGCAAGUGUCCCAGCUCAAGCCUCUUCAGCAGCUUGCUGUCGUCAAAAAACAGUCCGUCUGCGUCAAGAAGAAAGAGAGGAAGCUUUCAGACCAGGUUGAGUCUCCAGAUGGUAAAGAGAACAUAAAGGAGAACGGCUGGGAGUCCCAACUCGACACAUCUGUGCUGGAGCACUCCAGACAGAAAAUCCUGCACGUCCUCAACAGUGGCUCUCUGAAAGAGCUGAAGGGUCUGCAGCAGAUCGGAGACAAAAAGGCAAAGCUCAUCCUGGGCUGGAGGGAGAUCCAUGGAAACUUCAUCAAGGUGGAAGAUCUGGAAAAAGUUGAAGGCAUGACUGCAAAGAGAUUUUCCUCCUUCAUGAAGGCAAACAUCCUGAGUGCCAUGGGAAAGUGAUUUUUUUGUUUAUCUUUUUUAUGUUUUCAUUAUAGCCAUGAUUUAAUGUAUUACUAUCUCGGAAGCUUUUAUUUGUCACUUGUGCUUUUUUUAUGAUGUUUUUGUAAUUCCUACUGUGCUCCAGCAGGGGGCGCACUCCUGCUUUUUAAUAAAUGUUUCACGUGUCACUGAA